AUGAAGCCGCCCGCGAACGGAGCCGGAGCUGCGGCGGCCAACGGUCCAUCCAAUUCAUGCGAAGGGGGAGAGAAUGUGAAGAUCAUAAACCCGGAGCUAUGGCAAGCGUGCGCCGGGCCGCUGGUGAACUUGCCGCCGGCUGGGACCCACGUGGUCUACUUCCCUCAAGGUCACAGCGAACAAGUUGCGGCAUCUAUGAAAAAGGACGUGGAUGGUCAAAUACCAAACUACCCAAAUCUUCCCUCCAAGCUACUAUGUCUCCUUCACAAUGUCACCUUGCAUGCGGACCCCGAAACGGAUGAAGUUUAUGCUCAGAUGACACUUCAGCCUGUUUCCUCGUUUGACAAGGAUGCAUUGUUGAGAUCAGAUCUCGCCCUCAAGUCAAAUAAGCCCCAACCAGAGUUUUUCUGUAAAACAUUGACAGCAAGUGAUACAAGCACUCAUGGAGGUUUCUCGGUGCCCCGUCGUGCAGCAGAAAAGAUUUUCCCUCCUCUCGAUUUCUCCAUGCAACCACCUGCUCAAGAACUUGUCGCCAGGGAUUUGCAUGAUACUGUUUGGACUUUCCGCCAUAUCUAUCGUGGGCAACCAAAACGCCACUUGCUUACAACAGGAUGGAGCCUAUUUGUUAGUGGGAAGAGGCUUUUCGCUGGCGAUUCUGUCUUGUUCAUUAGGGAUGAGAAGCAGCAGCUUCUUUUGGGAAUUAGACGCGCUAACAGGCAACCCACCAACCUAUCAUCUUCAGUAUUAUCAAGUGAUAGUAUGCACAUUGGGAUUCUAGCGGCUGCAGCUCAUGCUGCCGCUAAUAAUAGCCCCUUCACAGUGUUCUACAAUCCUAGAGCCAGUCCAUCAGAAUUUGUUAUCCCAUUAGCCAAGUACUACAAGGCAGCUUGUGGCAACCAACUAUCUCUGGGGAUGCGAUUUCGUAUGAUGUUCGAAACUGAAGAGUCAGGAACAAGAAGGUACAUGGGUACAAUUACAGGAAUUAGUGAUCUUGAUUCUGUUAGAUGGAAGAACUCACAAUGGCGCAAUUUGCAGGUUGGUUGGGAUGAGUCAACUGCUGGGGAAAGGCGUAAUCGGGUGUCAAUGUGGGAAAUUGAGCCUGUUACUGCUCCAUUUUUCAUUUGUCCCCCACCAUUCUUCAGAUCGAAGCGUCCUCGGCAACCAGGAAUGCCAGAUGAGGAAUCCUCUGAUUUAGAUAAUCUUUUUAAGAGGACAAUGCCUUGGCUUGGUGAUGAUAUGUGCAUGAAGGAUCCCCAGGUUCUACCUGGCCUGAGCUUAGUCCAGUGGAUGAACAUGCAGCAAAAUUCUUCUGCGGGUAACUCCAUACAGCCAAAUUACAUGCAUUCCUUUCCUGGUUCUGCUCUGCAAAACCUUGCUGGAGCGGAUCUUUCUCGGCAGUUGGGCAUGUCAGGGCCUCAAAUACCUCAGUUGAGCAAUUUACAAUUCAAUGCCCAGAGAAUACCUCAGCAAGCACAACAGCUUGAUCAACUCCAAAAGCUGCCAUCCACAAUGAACCCAUUAGCAUCCAUGAUUCAACGACAGCAACAGUUGGGUGAUAUUACUCAACAACCCAGGCAAAAUUCGUUUAAUCAAUCUCUACCCUCCAGCCAAGUUCAAUCCCAGCUUCUGCAACCUCAGACUCUUGUCCAAACUAAUAGUAUCCUUCAGCAGCAAUCAUCUAGUCAAAACCAUCUUCAAAGAAACAUCCCUCAGAACCUGCAGCAGCAUCAGCAGCAACAGCAGCAGCAGCUGCAUCAACAACAGCAACAGCAGCAGCAGCUGCAUCAACAACAGCAACAGCAUCAACAGCAACAGCCGCAGCAUCAACAGCAGCAGCAGCAGCAGCAUCAACAACAAAUUGCGGGUCAAAAUCAACAGCAAUUUCAGUCUCAACUUCCUGAUCAAAUAAACCAACAGUUGCAACAUCUUUCUGAUAAUCAGCUUCAACUUCAGCUGUUCCAGAAGCUUCAACAGCAACAGCAGUCGCUUUUGACACAGCAGGCACUGCAACAGCCUGCUCAACUUAUCCAACUGCAGGACCAGCAGAGGCAACUGUUAGAUGUGUCCCAGAGCUUCUCCAGGCCUUUGACUCCCACCCAAAUGCAAGAUAUGCCUCAAAUGGCACCAACCUCGCAUCCUCAGUCAAGAACAAUGCCACAGCAGCUGACAAAGAAUAAUAACAGCCAAACUAAUGUUCGGUUUUCUCAUCCACCUCAGCAGCCAAAGCUUCAACAGCAGCAACCUGUUAUGGUGCCUGAAAUGUCCGGGCAUAUGGGACUUCUCCCAACCCCAACAACCAAUCAACUCUCUACAGCUGUAAGCAAUGUAAUGACAGGAGGUGCAGGAGCAGGGCAGUCUGGGAUUACAGAUGAGGUUCCAUCUUGUUCAAAUUCACCAUCCACAAACAACUGUCCAAGUUUAAUUCAACCAUUAAUGAACAACAGAGCCCAUCGAAACUCAUUAGUCGGGGAGGACAUGGCUCAGUCUGCCACCACAAUCUUGAGUCCUAGUGCCGUAGAAACAAUGCCAUCGAAUGGUAACUUAUUGAAAGAUUUCCAGCUUAAGUCUGAUGUUAAGCCUUCAGUGAACAUUGCUAGCAAUCAAAGUCAAGGAAUUCUUACAGCACAAACAUACCUGAACAGUGCAGCUGUGCAAACAGAUUACUUGGACACAUCAUCUUCAACAACUUCAGUAGGCAUCUCUCAAAAUGAUGUCAAUUUACAGCAGAAUAAUGCCCCAUUGUCUUUCAAUCCACAAUCAAUGUUAUUCAGAGAAGCCAGUCAAGAAGGGGAAGUUCAGGCAGAUCAUAGAAACAAUGUUUCAUAUGGUUCUAACAUUGAUGGCCAAUUGGGGAUACCCUUGAAUCCUGAUCCUAUGUUGGCCAAGGGCACGGUGGGGUUAGGAAAGGAUUUUUCAAAUAAUCUCUCUUCGGGAGGCAUGAUUGGCAACUAUGAAAAUGCAAAAGAUGCUCAGCAGGAACUUUCAUCUUCAAUGGUUUCCCAGUCCUUUGGAGUUCCAGAUAUGGCAUUCAAUUCAAUUGAGUCAACCAUAAAUGAUAGCGGCUUUCUGGACAGUGGCCCAUGGCCUCCAGCACCUCAAUUUCAGCGAAUGAGGACAUACACCAAGGUGUACAAACGUGGAGCUGUAGGGAGAUCUAUAGAUAUUGCACGCUAUUCAGGUUAUGGUGAGCUUAAACAAGAUCUGGCUCGUAGGUUUGGUAUAGAGGGACAGUUAGAGGACCGAGGGAGAGUAGGCUGGAAACUUGUGUAUGUAGAUCAUGAGAGUGAUGUUCUGCUAGUUGGAGAUGACCCUUGGGAGGAGUUUGUAAACUGUGUUCGCUACAUCAAGAUCCUGUCCCCACAAGAAGUCCAGCAAAUGAGUUUGGAUGGAGACUUUGGUGGCAACGCUGUGCUUCCAAAUCAAGCUUGCAGCAGCUCAGAUGGUGGGAAUGCCUAA